UGUCUGGUGAGUCGGUCCGCGCGGUGCCCGAGGCGGCGGCCGGGGGCGGCCCGAGAGGCCCGCGUUCCAGGACUCCGGGAUUCCGGAGCCCGGAUAAACUGGGAUCACGGAUGCACCGCGCGCCACGGGUGCCCGAGCACCCCCUCGGAAGAGCUCAGACCUGGUGGAAAGGGGCCCUGAGGGUUGCAGCCGACAUCCGGGAGCCAAGAUGCUCAGCUUUAUAGGUGUGACUUACACACGUGGCGUCACCUUUUGAAGCCUCAGUUUUGUCAUCUGUAGAAUGGACAUAAAGCUGCUUCGCAGAACUGAUGAGAGGAUUAAAUGAGACAAUGCUUCCAAAGCUCUUUGCACGAGGGAGCCCUGGAGGCACGAACUGGUGGGCAGAGCAUGCCUGCUGUCACCUGGGACCACAGGCAGCAUGAAGACCCACAUGGAGCUGGCCAUCAGCGGGAUGCAGACCCUCCGCCGUCAGCACCGCUGCCGGGGCGGCUAUCAGGUCAAGGCCAGGGCAUCAUACGUGGAUGAGACUUUGUUUGGCAGCCCUUCAGGCACCCGGCCCACACCACCAGACUUUGACCCACCCUGGGUGGAGAAGGCCAACAGAACCAAAGAGGUGGGCACAGAGGCUUCACGGGCUUCAGGGGCCAACGGGAGCUGUGAGACCACCUCCUCCAGGGGCAGUACCCCGACCCUCACACCAAGGAAGAAGAACAAAUACAGACUGAUCAGCCACACUCCUUCUUACUGUGAUGAGUCACUGUUUGGCUCCCGACCCGAGGGUGCCAGCUGGGAGGCCCCGUGGAGGGCGAAGGGUGGUGCUGCAAAAUUCCACACCCUCUUCUGGACACCCCCGGCCACCCCCAGGGGCCACUCGCCCCAUCCCAGGGAGACCCCGCUGCGUGCCGUUCACCCAGAUGGUCCCUCGAAGACAGAGCCUAGGGUGGGGGAAGUCGCCCGGAAGGUGUCCAUGGAUAGGCUAGACUCUCCACGCCCUCCGAGGCGGGGGCGUUCCUAUUCCCUCACCCUCCUGAAUGGCCCCAGCACUGGCCACCCAGCCACCAGUGGCCCGCACACAAGUGGGCCUCAGGAUCCCGGGCCUUCCCCGUCGGGGGUGACCUUCCGGAGCCCCCUGGUGACGCCCAGGGCUCAUUCAGUCAGUGCGUCAGUGCCAGCCACCCCCCGACGAGGUGGGGCCACCCAGAAACCAAAGCCCCCUUGGAAAUGAGUCUUUUGAUCCUUCCAUCAGGUUUGCCCAUGGGGUUACAGCUGGGGCACCAUCUCAGAGGAUGGCACAGGUGGGGAGACCACCAGGCACAGAGAAGUGCUCAUGGCGGCAGACACGGUGAGGGUGGCCAGGGACGCCCUCUCCCCUGGCGGUCUCUGGUUGUUUCCCCAGAGUGGAUUUGAGGGCCACCCUUGAGACACCUGUUCUAGUCCUGUCAGAGCCACAUGCUCUAUGAGUGCCAACUCAGGGCUGCCCCCGGAAGGGGCCCUCCGCCUCCCCAUCACUUCCAUACAUUGUCUUGCCGCCAAGUAUGAAUAAGUGCUGUGGUGCCAGCCUGGAGGGUUUCUUCUCCCCCACUUCAAGCUGAGCUUCCUGCUCAGGAUGUUUCCAGCCAGGUUUGGAGGCCUCAGGAAUUUUCCCUGGCACGGUGUGUGGACCACAGGGGACACGAGGAUCUGGUGAUAUGUGGGUGGACUUUCUACUUUAACACUCAUGUAUUUAUUUCUAUGUAUUAAAUCUGUC